AUGUCACUUGCCUCGCAAUCUGCGAAGAAAGUUCGAUUAUAUCGGACUGGAGAUUUGGCAAGAUAUCUGGAAGAUGGGACGGUCUGUUAUGUGUGUAGAGUCGACAACCAGGUCAAGAUUCGCGGGCAGCGACUCGAGCUCGAAGAAGUAGAGAAGGCGCUGGAGAAUUGUUUGAAUGGAUUGGAGAAUAUUGCGCUCAGAAAUAUUGUUGUUGAUGCAAUAGCUUUCGCUGGAUCGACGAGCAAACAAUUGGUCGCAUUUCUAGCUCUCGGAACUGUAAGACCGCUGGGAUUCUUCAGCUGGGAGGGAGUUGAUGAUUCAUUCUUCCAGACUUCAAAGUCAGAGCAAGAACAUUUUUCGGAGUUGGUGGAGAGAAUUGAGACUCGAAUGAAAUUGGCACUUCCCAGCUACGCAGUUCCUUCCAUAUGGAUCCCACUCAAGUCCGUCCCAUUCACGGUAUCGAGAAAGAAGGAUCGGAAACGACUGCGAGGAAUAGUUGAAGCUCUAUCGGUGAAGCAGAUAUCGAUAUUCUCUAGUCCAACUCUCUCAAACGGUGUCAGCAAGAUGGAUGAUCCAAUAACGGAACAUGAGACGAAGCUUAUAAAGCUCUGGGCCGACGUUUUUCGUGUCUCUACUUCAACGAUUGAGCGGGAUGACAACUUCUUCUCUCUUGGCGGCGAUUCUGUUACGGCUAUAAAGCUGAUUGCAGCUGCGAGGACGAGCGGCUUGGAUUUGAGCCUCGAUCUAGUCUUCAGAUAUCCUGUUUUGUAUGAAAUGUCAUCUGUCACGAAGGCGUUGAUCGUCCGAGACGAAGACGUUAUUCCUGUUCCUGCAUUUAGUCUACUGGAUGAAACGUGGAGUGUGCAAUUAGUUCUAAGAGAAGCAAGCAAGCGGUGUCGUGUUGAUGCACAUGCCAUUGAAGACAUAUAUCCUUGCUCGCCCAUGAGUGAAGGUCUCAUUGCCUUGUCAAUGAAAGAUCCUGGAACAUAUGUUCUCCAAUUCGUGUACCAAAUGCCACGUUCUGUCGACAUCAGCAAGCUCAAAAGGGCAUGGGAAGUGGUAGCGAAGUAUACUCAACUUUUGAGAACUCGGUUCUUUGACUACAACUCGGAAUUACUCCAAGUAGUUGUUGAUGAGCCCCUCAAUUGGGUUGUCAUGGAUGAGGAUUUGAUCACGUAUCUGGCUGAAGAAAAGGCACGCAGAGUGGAUCUAGGAGAGAGGAUGUCGCGAUUGGCAGUGGUAAGACAUCAUGAAACCAAUGAUAAAUUUCUAGUAUGGACAAUCCAUCACGCUCUAGUUGACGGUUGGUCAGAAUCCGACAUCAUUUCGUUGGUGGAACAAGAAUACUUGGAAAUCCCGAACAAUAUAUCGACCAUUCCGAAGUUCGGCUCUUUCAUCAAGCAUAUCAAACAGCAAGAUACAGAUGCUGCACGGAAGUUCUGGCAACAGCAAUUCUCUGGUUCAACAAAUCUGAUGUUUCCACCACUGCCAGAUCCAAGUUAUGUGCCGAAAGUUCAGAGAUCGAAUCGCAUACUUCACCAUCUUGGCUCGCACGAAGAUGCGGAGCUUGAGCAUAGAAUCUCAAUAUUCAAGCGAGGUUCAGCGACUCCAGCAACGAUGAUACAAGCAGCAUGGUUUAUUCUGGUAGGACUCUACUCUAAGAGCUCGGAUAUCAUAACUGGGGUUACUUUGAAUGGCCGCACAGCACGACUCCCAGGUAUCGAAUCAAUUCCAGGUCCAACUGUGACCACCAUUCCAUUCAGAGCACGAUUUUCGCCAGAACAAACAGUGUCCAGUUUUCUUCAGAUGAUGCAAACACAAUACCUCGAUAUCCUCCCAUUUGCUCAGUUCGGGCUUCAGAAUAUCAGGCGCUUGAGCGAUGAUGCGGUCAAUGCCUGCAAGUUUCGCAGCUUGCUAGUUGUUCAAUCAGCUAACAAACCUCAAAGUGAAAGAAAAAUACUCCUUGGGCGAAGUUACUCGUUUCCAGUAAUGGACUUCGCUAUUGUCAUGGAGUGUGAACUUCUAGAUGGAAGCAUAGUCUUUCGAGCGACAUUUGAUCAUGCGGUCCUAUCCGAGAGCCAAGUCCAGCUUAUGCUUCGCCAGUUGGAGAGGAUCCUGCAAAAUGUUUCUGCAAGUGGACCUGAGACAACACUGAAGGAAGUGCAAAGGCUUCCAGCGGAAGAUAUGUCCGCCAUCGCAACAUUUACUAGC